AUGUCAUCACAAGAUUUAAAGGACCAAUUGAAGACUGGAACCACUCUUAAGAGUACCACUACCAACGAUAAGUCACAGCCAUUGAUCGAAAAGGAUGUCAAGAUUCAAAAGAACAAUCAUGAUCAACUCUUGAAAGAAGUUUCGAAUCCACCAUCUUUGACUCCAACCACCACCGCCGACAGAUCCAAUCCAGUCAUUGAUUCCAGCGCUCAUAUCAGUGCAAAUGGAAGAAACGCUUUAUUAAAUGAUAUCAAGAAUCAUGCAACCACAACCGCUUAA